AUGCCCCCAUACAGCUCAACCCCCCAUCAGGCUACAGAACCAUUGGUGCACGAUGUGUACCAUUCUCAGACAGGCACUUGGCAAUACCUGAUCAUCGACCCUUCGAGUAACACGGGUGCCAUUGUUGAUCCCGUCUUGGACUUUGAUCCUGCCUCCCGCAUCAUAAGUACCGAGACUGCAGACUCUCUGUUGGCUCUGAUCAAGGCAAAGGGCUACCACAUUGAUCGAAUCCUCGAGACCCAUGUUCACGCUGAUCACUUGACUGCUGCGUAUUACUUGCAAGCUUGUCUUACCAAGGGCCAAGGUUCCAAACCGCUUAUCGGUAUAGGCAAGCGAAUCCAGCAAGUGCAGUCAUUCUUUGGCCAAAAGUAUGGGAUUGCACCAGAAGAACAUCAGGGCGUUUUUGAUGUCCUCUUUGAUGAUGAUGAAACCUUUGCCAUUGGCGCAUUGGAAGCAUCUGCCAUUCAUCUCCCGGGACACACUCCUGAUCAUAUGGGCUACAAAGUUGGAGAUAACGUCUUUUGUGGCGACUCCUUAUUCAUUGCGGACCUCGGUACCGCUCGCUGUGACUUUCCUGGCGGCAAUGCUCGAGAUCUCUAUCACUCGGCCAAAAAGUUGCUCAGCAUGCCAGACAACGUCAAGAUCUGGACUGGGCAUGAUUAUCCGUCAGAGUCGCGCACAAUGCCCAAGUCGUGGAUGAGAGUUGAGGAACACAAGGAUCGCAACAAACACAUUAUGCUGGAUACUACCGAAGAAGAGUUUGUAGCGGUCCGGAGUGGACGUGAUGCGGGACUCAAAGAACCUAGGCUCCUUCAUCAGUCUUUGCAGGUCAAUAUUCGAGGAGGUCGGCUUCCAAGGCCAAAUGCUUCUGGGCAAAGGCUGGUUCAUCUCCCUCUGGUUGUAAACGAUAUUCCAAUUUUCAAGUAG